AUGGAAGCCCAUUUCGCCCUGCUUCGCAAGUCAUGGCAAGUCGAGGUGAACCAGGACGAGGAGGUCGAUGGCCUACCGAAGCUCGUCAUGCCAAAGGGGGCGAAAGUGCUAACUCUUGUUCAGGCUGAAACCGAAGCUCGGAAGAUGGUCGGCGAUGUGUCGAUCACAGAAUACAGCCAGCUGCUUACACGGAAGGCGGCUGGCCGAGCGAAUCGUGUGCAUGAUGGCGAUCUCCCCUCUCGGGAGAAGCCCUCCAAGGCCGAUGGUGAUGAAGGGACCUCGAAGAAGCGCAAACGCGAGCAAGCAAAAUCGGCCCCUCAGAAGCGAAAGGCCCCUGCCUCCACUGACUCUGAUGCCGACGAUGAGGACACUGUCGAUGACCAGUACGAUGAAGAGGAGGGGGAGGAUGAGGAGGAGGCGAAAGUUGCGGUCGAACCGGCCGCGAAUGAGCCCGCCGACAACCGCACCGAGACGCACGGCUACACCCCAACCCCAAGCCCAGACCACGUCGUAACUGGGGUGGAGUCGAACAGCUCCCCCCUUCGCCGGAAGGAUUUGCAUAGGGCAAAGGCAUUGGUUUCGAUUGCGGCGGGCAAGGUGGUGAAGGGAGGGCCAGUUAAGAAAACCUCCAAAAAAAAGGGGUUCGUCGAUGUCGCCUGUGUUUUCAGUGAUGACGAGUCUUCGGAUGAGACCUCUACUUCGGCCGCUGGGUGGAGCCAAGAUCUUUCGACCGCUCCCGAUGCUGCGACCGACACGGGCGAAGCGGGAGGGAGCGCUGCAGCUGGUACUUCAGGUUCUGCUGACCGGGUUGUGAAGGCUGCUGCCAGGCUCUUCGGGAGCCCUCCGCACAGUCCACCUACUUCACCGCUGGCCAUCCAAAACGGGAAGAAGGCGGCCGUUGAGACGUCGGCUUCAGAGUAUUCGCUCACGGCGCCCUGCUUCGUCCCUUGGGAUUUCGAGACCCGGGUGGAUCUUACCCCCUUCAUCGAGGGGAUGGAGGCUCUUCGUCAGGAGGUCAGCAAGGUAGAAGCAGCCGCUAAGAGAGACGCACAACGGUUCGCGCGGGAGAUGGUGAAGACCACUAAGUCCGCAAAGACCGUGUGCCGCACGCUUUGCCUUGCCCUUACCGACAUGUGGGCGAAGGUGCGAGGAGUCCCCGACGAAGAUGCUUCUGCCUUUGACUUCUCGGAGUGGACUCAAUAG